UAUAGCCUAUCACACUGCAGCGCACACAGACUGGUUACCCUUGUGCCCGGAGCUCCCCAGCGCUUAUUCAUCAGCGCGAUAGAUCCUUGUGUGUUGCUGUAUGAGCUGAAUGUUGGCGAUGUGCGCAGAGAGGAAACCACCGCACGCAACGCUAAGAAUGACACUUCGGUUUAUCGGUCGGCUUCGAGAACUUUGGAUGUUUAGUUGCUAUUUUAACUUUGAGCAUUAAUGGAAUCAACAAGAGACGAGUAAAAUCGCUGCCUUCACAACACCAGCAAAACGUGUUGGAAUUUAGGCUAAGAAGCAGCGGCUACAGAUUGAAAUAAUUAGCCGUUUUUUUUCAUUCUUCAAAACAACAAAAGUGAUAUACAUUAUGCAAUAAUUCAGUCGCCUACUGCAGAUAUUCACCUAACUGUUGUGUUAUUUAUGAUCCCAAAUACCAGCCCGAGCUUAGAGAAUUUUCCUAUAGGCCUUAGUGUUGCCAAUUUAGCUUAGCCUAUAGCCUAGUUCAUAAACACUCCUGGCAUACCUAGAGAACUAUUUUUUUAAUAAACGGUUUUCUGCGUUAAAGUAGGCAAUUAAAGAAAACAACAGUUCAAAUCUCCUGUUCAAACUAAACUGAAGGAAAGAGUCAGGAGAUCAGGGAUUUGCACUCUAGUAGGAGUGGUGCGCAACAAAAUAUUUCUCGCGCGAGGCGCAUUGUCUUUACAGCCUCGCAUCUUCCAUUGACAGGACAGCCGGGAGACAAUCAACUGAGAACAUCUGUGCCACUUGUGGAAGAGAUACAAAAAAUGACGAGAAAUAACCAUCGACAUUAAGGCCACCUCAUGCACUGUGUGUUUGUUCCUGCCAGCCCCUCUGUGGUUGAUGGUGAUGCCCGAGUCCAACCCAGCAAUGCAGAGGACGAGAACCUGGUGGUGGCAGGGAAAACUGGGGGUUCCUCUGCUGUUUCUGGUUUUCCCGCUCCUCAGGACCGAACCGCUCCAGCUCGAGCUGUCUUUCAAUGGACUUUCGGAACCCCAGAAUGUGACACUGGCUGCUAUUCUGCCUUUGAGCAACACUGAAUACCCGUGGGCCUGGCCUCGCGUGGGGCCCGCUCUGAUGAGGGCUCUGGAGCGAGUCAAUGACGACCCCACCCUGCUACCGGGCCACCGCCUUCGAAUAGUCUACGACAGCAGCGAAAACAAGGACGGCGUCUGCUCCGACUCAGUGGCGCCAUUGGUGGCCGUGGACUUUAAGUUCUCCUACGACCCAUGGGCCUUCAUCGGCCCUGGCUGCGACUAUGCUUCGUCUCCCGUGGGCCGCUUCACUACCCACUGGGACGUUCCCAUGGUGACGGCCGGGGCAGCGGCCAUCGGCUUCCACUUGUACACGUCCAUCACCAACACGGGCCCCACGCACAAGAAGCUGGGCGAGUUUGGGGUGCGCCUGCAUCGGCAUUUUGGUUGGCACAGACACGCCAUGCUCAUGUUCAGCGACAACAAGAACGACGACCGGCCGUACUACUUUACGGCCGAGGGGUUGUACUCGCAGCUGCAGCUGGACAACAUCACCACAGCAGACAAGGUCUUCAAUGAGCAGAAUGGACCGGUCCAGUAUGAUAACCUCAUCAGUGUCAUCAGCCAGAGUGCCCGGGUGGUGUACAUGUGCUGCUCAUGGGACACUUUCCGGAUGCUGAUGGUACAGUUUUGGAGGGAGGGCUUGCCCCCGGAGGACUAUGCUUUCUUCUUCAUCGACCUGUUCGGCCACAGCCUGAGGAAGCGGCCCGCUAGGCCCUGGUACAGAGGAGACGCAGACGACCAUGCCGCUAAGAAGGCCUUCAGGAGUGUGAAGAUUCUGACCUACAAAGAGCCACAGAACCCAGAGUACCUGGAGUUUGUGUCCAACCUGAAGACGGACGCAUUGAACAUGUUCAACUUCACCGUAGAAGACUCGCUGACGAACCUGAUAGCAGGAGGCUUCUAUGACGGGGUAAUGCUGUACUCUCAGGCCCUGAACGAGACCAUGGCCGAGGGAGGGGGCCGGCCGCGAGGGGACAUCGUCACCAAGAGGAUGUGGAACCGCACGUACCAUGGUGUUACUGGCUUGGUUCAAAUUGAUGGAGAAGGCGAUCGGGAGAUUGACUUUGCCUUGUGGGACAUGACCGAUCUUGACUCUGGGGUCUUUCAGAUCGUAUCCGUCUACAACAGCACCCUGAAGGACUUGGUUCCAGUGCCGGGCAUGAAGGUCCAGUGGCCGGGGGGCGCCCCGCCCCAAGACAUCCCCGACUGUGGCUUCAAGAAUGACAAGCCCGCUUGCUUAGCACGGACUGUCACUAUGCACCAGAUGGUGGCCAUCGUUGUGUGCUUCAUCUUCAUCAUCAUCGCCACCGUCACCGUCUUCAUCUACAGGAAACUGAAGUUGGAGAAUGAGUUGGCCGCUCAGCUCUGGCGGGUGCAGUGGGAGGAUGUGCAGAUGAGCGACCUGGAGAAAGUGAUGCGCAGGGCCUGCAGCAGACUCACCCUGUCUCUGAGAGGCUCCAACUAUGGUUCCCUCCUGACCAUGGACGGAAACUUCCAGAUCUACGCCAAGACUGGCUACUACAAGGGAAACAUUGCGGCCAUUAAGUACGUCACUAACAAGAAGCGCAUCGAGCUCACCAGGAUGGUGCUCUUUGAGCUUAAACAUAUCCGUGAUGUUCAAAACGAGCACCUGACUCGCUUUAUCGGAGCCUGUAUUGAUCCUCCCAACAUCUGUAUCAUCACAGAGUACUGCCCCCGGGGCAGCCUGCAGGAUCUUAUGGAGAGCGAGACCAUCACCUUGGACUGGAUGUUCAGAUACUCUCUCAUCAACGACAUUGUUAAGGGGAUGGCCUUCCUUCACAACAGCGUCAUCGUCUCCCAUGGUAACCUGAAGUCCUCCAACUGUGUGGUGGACAGUCGCUUUGUUCUGAAGAUUACUGACUACGGGCUGGCCAGCUUCCGCGAAAAGUCCAAUAUGGAGGACACACACGCCUACUAUGCCCGGAAAUUGUGGGCAGCUCCAGAGCUGCUGAGGGCAGAGUGUCCCCCACCAUGUGGCACUCAGAAAGGGGACAUCUACAGCUUCGGCAUCAUCCUGCAGGAGCUGGCCCUGCUCCGAGGGGUCUUCCACAUCGAGGGGGACACCUUCAGCCCCAAAGAGAUUGUAGAGCGUGUGGCCCUGGGCCAGUGGCCCUACCUGCGGCCCUCCCUCUGCCCCCAGAGCCACAGUGAAGAGGUGGGCCAGCUCAUGCAGCGCUGCUGGAGCGAGGACGUGAACGAGAGGCCCGAGUUCCACCACAUCAAGCUGCUGCUGCGCAAACACAACAGAGGUUAUGGGUCUAAUAUCCUGGACAACCUGUUGUCUCGUAUGGAGCAGUACGCCAAUAACCUGGAAGAACUGGUGGAGGAAAGAACACAGGCUUACCAUGAAGAGAAACGCAAGGCCGAGGCACUGCUCUACCAGAUACUUCCACACUCUGUAGCAGAGCAGUUGAAGAGAGGGGAGACAGUGCAGGCUGAGGCCUUUGACUCAGUCACCAUCUACUUCAGUGACAUCGUGGGCUUUACCGCCAUCUCAGCAGAGAGCACGCCCAUGCAGGUGGUGACCCUAUUGAAUGACCUCUACACGUGUUUCGAUGCCAUCAUCGACAACUUCGAUGUUUACAAGGUGGAAACGAUAGGUGAUGCGUACAUGGUGGUGUCUGGGCUGCCGGUGAGGAACGGCAAGCUGCACGGCCGAGAGAUCGCCCGUAUGUCCCUGGCCCUGCUGGAGGCCGUACACUCCUUCAGGAUCCGCCACCGACCUGCUCAGCAGCUCCGUCUGCGCAGUGGCAUCCACAGUGGCCCUGUAUGUGCUGGCGUCGUAGGACUGAAGAUGCCUCGGUUCUGUUUGUUUGGAGAUACAGUCAACACAGCCUCUCGCAUGGAGUCCAAUGGGGAGGCCCUGAAGAUCCACGUGUCGGAGGCCACGUGCUCGGUGCUGGACGACUUCAACUGUUUCCAGCUGGAGCUGAGAGGAGACGUGGAGAUGAAGGGCAAAGGGAGGAUGAAGACCUACUGGCUACUGGGGGAGAGCAUCAACAACAUGGCUUAGUAGAGAGAGAGAAUUAGACAGACAGUAUUGGAAAGAUGCCGUAGAAAAGAGAGGUAGGCAAGGGAGGACUGAGGUAAAAGGAACAGACAUGCGUACAGAUACACAUAGGAAUGGGGUGAAAUAGAAAUAAGCCACAAACAAACUCCUGACAACCCCCUCCAGAAUGAUAGUCUCAUCGACUCAGUCUCACUGCUCUUCAGGGGCAUUCCUUGGCUCCUUUAGGUGGAAACGCUCUCUCUAGAUUGACCUACUAUGGUGCAUAAGCUAUCAACGUUGACCUUCCAUGGACAGCUUUAGACUUGUACCUCUCCAACCAAAGGAAAGCUAUCACUGUUACACCGCCGUGUGCCGAAUGGUGAGGCCCCACCUCCUCCGAUUGGCAAGGACGAUGGGCAUUUGGCGAACAUCUCCACCCAGUGUUCAAGAGUUGGAACUGUCGCUUUCAAGAACGAACAUUUUGGGACAAUCUUGUUGGACCUGUUGUUUAUCGUGACGAGAGUAGUCCAAUGUGUUAUGUUGUGGUUAUUUCACUUUGUGACUGACUUGGUGUUCUCUAACAUGUAGAGAGGCCUUAGUGUUAUGUGAAGCCUUCACAGGCUUUAUUCUAUUUGUUUCACGGUGGUGUUUGUUCUGUAUCACAAUAUCAGUUUGUUCUAUAUCUAUAUAAUUGAACAAUAAUCAAGUGGAGGCCAGAGGGGUAUACUACGAAUGUAGCUAGAUGUACUCCGGCAUUUCUGAAAUUACCUAACUUCUUGAACUGCGCGUUCAUGUCGUACAUGGCUAGUCGAACUCCGAACUCUUCAUUGAGACAAUGCUGAAACAUCAAUCCGUGGGCGAGUCAGUGCCACAUUUACAUUUUUGCCAAAAUCAAUUUACCUGCAAAUUCAGCAGGCUAUGGUGUGAAAUGGGCAACUAGACGGUUUUUAUAUUUUUUACACAUAUUGUGUUUGUUUGUUUGUUGUGCUUAUCAAUGCACAAGUCCCAUGAUUCCCCACUCCUAACGAUACAAAAAUAGUAUUAAGUCAUACGAAAGUUUUACUGCAUGUGAAGUUUCAAAUGUGUUACUAUUUUUAACACAAGAAUUUGAUUGGUCCUUCGGCUCAAACACUUCAUUCAAUAGAAGUGGGACAAGCCCCGAGUUAGCCUGCCCGGGAGCAGGAUACUUCUGAAGGAUUGGUUGCCAUAGAAAUGUUACUGGCUAGAGCCAUAUUCGUGUCACCACUUAUCCCGAGUUGACCAAAGUUACUUCAACUCCUCAAACCUGAUUCAUAGUGUAAUGCUCAGUUCCCCAUAAUAAUACCAGUCCACAAAGUGUGCUCUACAGCCUGCCUGGCUAUGUGCUUUAGGAGGAAGUAGUGGAGGUAAUCACCACCAUGCCAAUGCGGGCUAUCUAAUUGACAUUGGUGAAAUGUCUCAAAUGGACACUUAUGGCUGUUAAGUUGUGAAUUAGCAUUCAACAGGACAUAUGUAUUCAACAGGACUGUUCAGAAUCUUUUUGGUCAUAAAAAACAAUUCAUUGCUUUAGUCUGCUCAAAAUAAACUGCGAUGACAAGGAAGAAUGGAGAGUUAGAUUUGGCCAUAAGUGACAACUUCUGGGUGAAUUAAUAUUGUCGCAACCUGUUCUCAGAGCAUUUCGAUUUAUUCUAUACGUAAAUCCAAGACACUCCAUUUAGUAUGAUAUGUUACAUAAGACAGAUGGUCACUUAUAGACAGAUGGUUACUUAUAACCAGCUAGCCCUCUCACAUUAAGUUCUUAUAUUCCAGACUCAUUUUGAGUUUCAUAUUUUCUAAUGAUCCUUUUUCCUUUACUUACAAGAUGAUGUCAAAACAACUUUCACACACAAGGGUACAAAAGAAUGAGGAUGUCUAGCUCUUCACUUCUCUUACUGUUACUGAUGGGAAAAGUGAAUAUUUUCAGAAUGGGAGUCCUACUAAAUGACAUACACAGUACAAUGAAAAAUAUAUACACUGAACAAAAAA